CAUCCACGGUGCCCCAGGCCAUCAAGCUUUUCCUACUCCACUUUUCAGUCUUGUAACUCCUUUCAUUCAACUCCAAUCCUUUUUAUGAUAUAGAAUUGAAGACAUAAUGUCUGCUCCACCACAACUUCCUCCACCGCCGACUGAUGGCGAUGUUAACCGCGGCAAGGAGCUCAACGGUGUUAUCUGGCUUCUCACCGGCAUCACCACGGUAGUUUACUUGUCGAGGGUUUACGCUCGAAAGUACCUCACGCGGAACCUUGGCUGGGAGGAUGUGAUCCUCGGCGUAUCGAUGACACUCCUCUAUAUCCAAAGUGCCUUCGUAUCAGUCUCCAUUCACUAUGGACUUGCGCGUCAUCAAUACUAUCUCCUCAUAUCAAAUCCCUUGAACAUAUCCAAAGUUGUCAAGUGGCAGCUGUUCUCAGAGCCUGUCGCUAUUCUUGGCACAACAAUACCCAAGGUUGCGGUGACAAUGCUCUUGAUCAAGCUUCUGGAUCCGAACAAACUCGCUGUCGCGUGGCUGUGGGCUCUGAACAUCCUUCUUAAUGCACUUUCCAUCGUCUGCAUUAUUACCUCGUUUGUUCAAUGCACCCCCACUUCUGCCUACUGGACGCGUGCUGGGGGCAAGUGCUGGGAUCCAAGCAUUGUAGCAAAUCUUGCAAUUUCGCAGGGAGCACUAUCCGCCUUCACCGACUUCUCGCUUGCGUUGUUCCCUACUACGGUAGUGUUGAACUUGCAGAUGAAUUGGAGGAAAAAGGCUGCCGUCUGCUCCUUGAUGGGAUUCGGUUGCUUUGCCGGCGUAGCGGCUAUCAUCCGCACUACAAAGUUAGCGAAGCUGGCAGAGCAGACCGACUUCACCUGGUCAAUUUGGACGCUCGUGCUUUGGGUCGCCAUCGAGUGCUGCGUCAUCAUCGUCUGUGCCUGCGUCCCAAGUCUCCGCCCGUUGUUUCGCAAACUGUACAACCAGCCUUUUGGAUCGACAUUCCCGUCUCUAUUCAGCAGGCGCAAAGGAGGUUCGGAUAACUCGUACAUGCUUAACGCUAGUCCUCAAGGUAGCAUGCAGUCCGGGAAGGAAGGAAGAGUGGUCAAAAUUACGGCCAAUGAAGAUGGCUCUCAGGUUUGCCUUGCGCGUGGUAUUCGAACUACCACCGACGUCGAAGUUCAACAUAGCGCUUGGAAGUAAAUGAAGCUCUCCAAGGACGAUGAAGGUUCUGCGCGGUGCCUUAUACCUGAGUUCUUAAAGGAGAGAAUUGCGAAAAUGUUGCAUGGGCGGAUUACUAGCCAAUGAUUCGGGUGGUGGAGGUUCAAUAAUAGAAUCUUGUUUCGCUUUCUUUAUCCACGCUGAAAGGGCUCUGACUCUGAUCGAAGGUGCGUAAUAUUCAGAAUGGGACCGCAUAGCUGAGUCUGGCCGCUCGGUACUGGCACCCCUUGCGUUCUCUCCUGCACGUGGGAUUAGGUGUGGCUUUGAGCAGAUGAAUAAAG